AUGCUCAAGUUGAUCGUUGUAAGUUUGCUAUUGGUGGUAGUUGGCUCGGAUGCGUUCACGAACCCAAUAGCACUGGAUGCCCCUGACCCAUGGAUGGUCUAUUAUAAAGGUUUCUAUUACCUGAUCGCAACCACUUGGAGCAAUUACUUUGGCAUACGGAAGUCCAGCACUUUGGAAGGUCUGAAAAGCGUCGAGAACACGGUGGUGUACACAUUCGAUGGUCACACAGGAUGGGCACCAGAAAUUCAUCUGGUAGACAGUAAAUGGUAUCUCUAUUACACGUCAUGUGGUCCAAAUACAACAGGCAAUGCGUGUCAUAGAAAUCGUGUUGCAGAAAGCGUUGGAGAUGAUCCAAUGGGACCCUACCAACACAAGGCUGACUUGGUUGACGACGGCGAUCCAGAAGAAUUGGAUCCUAGCCUGAUCAAUAUCAAUGGCAAAUAUUAUUUACUCGGGUCGUAUUUUGUCCGAACUCAAAUGUUGUAUAUACGGGAACUGACGAAUCCCUACACAUUGGCACCUGGCGUAAAGCAGAUGUUAUCUGAACCGACAUUAAGUUGGGAAAGAGAGGGUUGGACUGUAGACGAGGGUCCGGAACCGCUUUACCAUAACAAUAGGACAUUUGUGGUUUUCUCAGCUAGUUAUUGUGCCACACCUAACUAUAAGCUUGGUCUCUUGGAGUUUGUGGGCACAGAUCCACUCAAUAUCACUCAUUGGAGGAAAUACCCCAAUCCUGUGUUCCAGAAAAACGAAAGUCGUGGAGUGUAUGGUCCAGGACAUAAUGGAUUCUUCAAGUCACCCGAUGGAACAGAGGAUUGGAUUAUCUACCAUGCCAAUAAUAGUACGGACGGUGGCUGUAACAUGCAAAGGUCAUCACGGGCGCAAAAGUUCACGUGGGGUGCCGAUGGACUUCCCGUAUUUGGUGUUCCGGAAGCUGCAGGAGUGGAACUACAAGCGCCGUCCGGUGAAUAG